AUGGCAGCAAAAUCAUUUUCCGUCUUGGUAAUCAUUUUUGCCAUAGCUAUCACCAGCUAUGGUCAAAGUUCAUCAGAUAUGACUUACACAUUUGAAUCAUCUUCUACCGAAUAUUCCGUAUAUUCUUCCAUGACCUCAAAUGCGGCAUCAGAUUCAUCGUCAGCUUACACAAUUGAGUCAUCUAGUACUGAAUCCGCUGCAUAUUCUUCCAUGACCUCAGAUGUAGCAUCAGAUUCAUCGUCAUCUUACACAAUUGAGUUAUCUAGUACUGAAUCCUCUGCAUAUUCUUCCACGACCUCAGAUGUCGCAUCAGCAUCAGAGUUAUCGUCAACUUACACUACGCCAAGCAGUAAUUACGAAUAUUCAUCAGCCAGUACAUAUACGAAUACUAGCUCAUCAGCUUACUAUUCGUCUACAAGCUCAAAUUCAACAUCAAGCUCAACAUACAUUGCUCCAAGCGGUACUUAUGAAUAUUCAUCAAAUAGUACUUAUACAACUCCAAGUUCUUCGACUUACUAUCCAUCUACAAGCUCAAAUUCUACAUCGAGCUCAAGUUAUAUCGAACCAAGCAAUACUUAUAGUUAUGAUGACUUCUCAACUAGUGAAUACGAGUAUACAACUCCAAGUUCGUCAACUUACUAUUCAUCUACAAGCUCAAGUUCUACAUCGAGCUCAAAUUAUACCGCUUCAAGCAGUACUCAAGCGUAUGAAUAUUCAUCCACCAGUACAUAUACAGCUACUAGCUCAUCAACUUAUUAUAAUUAUUCAUCUAUAAGUUCAGCUUAUAAUCCUUCAAACAGUACUAGUACGUAUACUACUCCAAGCUCGUCAACUUAUUAUUCAUCUACAAGCUCGUAUUCAACAUCAAGUUCAACCUAUACCGCUCCUAGUAGUACUUACGAAUACUCAUCGGCCAGCACAUAUACAACUCCAAGUUCGUCGACUUAUUAUUCAUCUACAAGCUCAUAUUCGACAUCGAGCACAACUUAUACCGCUGCAAACAGUACUGACGAAUAUUCAUCGACUAUUACAUCUCUAACUUCUAGCUUGUCGAUUAAUUAUUCGUCAACGAGCACAUAUACAGCCCCAAGCUCAUAUUCAACAUCGAGCUCAAUAUACACCCCACCAAACAGUACCAGUUCAUAUACCGCUCCAAGUUCGUCAACCCUUUAUUCAUCAACAAGCUCUUAUUCAGCAUCGAACUCAACUUAUACCGCUCCAAGUUCGUCAACCUUUUAUUCAUCAACAAGCUCUUAUUCAACAUCGAACUCAACUUAUACCGCUCCAAGUAGCUCUAGCACAUAUCCAACUUCAAGCUUAUACUCAACAUCGAGCUCAACAUAUACUGCUUCAACCAAUUCUAGUACUUACUCAUCUACUAGCACUUAUACACCUCCAAGUUCGUCGCACUCAUCUACGAGCUCAUAUUCCCCACCAAGCUCAUCAUCUAUUUACUCUACAGGGACAAGUAGUUCUGUGAGUGUGAAUCCGUCGUCGAGCACAUCUGCAACAUUGAGCUCAACCAGUUCUUCAACUUUCUAUUCAUCUUCCAGUACCUAUAUUGCACCAUCUUCGUCAAGUCAAGACCAAAUAAGUAGCACUUAUGUUGCACCAAAUUCUUCUCAUCAGCAGUCGUCCACUAUUCAUUCAACUACUAGUUCACAUCUACCAUCUUCUAGUGGCUUUACUUCUCAAACUUUCUCUACUUCUACAAAUCCAGCAACACCAACAACACAACAAUCAGCUACUACUGUCACUGCAACACCAACUGGAACAUCUCCCAAUGUAGCUACUACACCACCACCAAGUAGAUUAUAUCCGUAUGGUUCAUCUCAAGGAGAUUCAUCUUUCGGUAAUCGCUUCCUCAUCCGACGUCGUCUUUAUCUUAAAUCGCCUAUUUACUUUGCUAACAAGUUCUAUCAAACGCUUUAU